AUGGGUUCAUUCGAACACGAGACACAACGAACGAAUCCGGCAGUAAAGAGUAGCCAUACCGCCACAGACAUAGCAGAGACAGAAGAAGAAAAACAUCUUAAAUCUCAAUAUAAGGAUGAAUUGACCAAAUUACAGGAGCUAUUUGCUGAUUGGACGGAGGCAGAUUUACUCUUUGCUUUACAAGAAGCUCAGGGCGACCUUGAGCUUACGAUUACUCGGGUUAGUGAGGGUCAUGCUAGUCAAUGGGGUGAAGUUAGAUCUCGUAAGUCUAAAAAGGAACAGAGUAAUAAAGCUAAGGCAGGCGGACAACAAUCUGGCAACGCUCAACGCGGACACCAAAGAGGUGGUUAUAAUGAUCGUGGUCGGACUCGUGGUGAAGGUGGAUCUCGUAGUGGAAGAAAUACUGAUCGUUCUCGAGGACCAAAGAGAGAUAACAGUUCGGGUUAUACUCGACCUCCGCGUCAACAAAAUGGGCCAAGCACCGCUAAUCACGAUGACACGAACAACGGUGCUCACGCAAAAUUAGUUGCUGAUAACUGGGGUAAUAACGACAGUUCUGGUGGCGAUUGGAAUGACGCCAACGAAAGCUGGUCUUCUGAUUCCAAAGGUCUUAAUGCCCGGGGCAAUGACAGUAUCGCUACCAGUGACUGGAGUGCUGAAAAUCAAUUUCAAAAUUCAUGGGGUGAUAAUUCGGCGGAAAAUACUAAAGGCGGCUGGGAUAAUGACUCUGUUACUGAUAAAGGUCAGAGUAGUUGGACCAGCGAGGUUUCUACAGAAAAUAAUCAUAGUGGACGGAAUGGCGAUAAUAUUAAUAAUUCUGGAGGAUUGACAGCUAAUAAUAAAAAUAAAUCCGACAAUGUUAAUGAUAAUUUCCUAAGUCGGGAGGCCGACAAAUCCACAUUUGUGAAAGAAAAUAAUAACUGGGACACUGAAACUUCCAACAAUAGUUGGAAUGCUGAAAAUAACUGGACAUCAGAGACCUCCAAAGAUAAUCGGGGGACUGAUUCUAUCAAAAAUGGUAAAACAGUUAGGGAUGUGCAGAGAUCUCCUAAUCCUGGAGUACCUAAAUCUAUUGUGACUACAAGAUCACCAGUUCCCAAUAUAUCACGGACGAUUCCUUCGCAGCCAAAGGCAUCUUGGGCUCAAAUUGUGAAACCUGAGUCGAAACCGGAGCCAAAACCUGAACCCGUCUCACCUCCUAUACAUAAAAGCUCACCUGAGAACAUAAAAGUUGUAUCUCCAAAAAUAACGAAAUCACCAAUUCCUGUACAGCCUUCACCACCACCUAAAAUGCCUGAACCUAUCAGCUUACCUUCUCCACCAGAAGAAGUGUCAGCAGCGCCUGUAGUUGCAGCAGCUAAAACAGAAGAGAUCAAGGGGUCAUCCAAAGAAAUUACAUCUCCAGAACAACCAGCAAUUACUCCUGCUACAUCUUCACCAGUUGUAAAUCUUUCACCACACUCAAAGGAAAUUACACCACCUGGUAUAAUUAAUAAAACUAAACAAGCCCCCCAUCGUAAGUUGAAGCAAGAUGCAGCUGUCGUAAUGCCAAGUGCUGGGGCUGGUUUAGAAAGGGUUGGUGUGCAAUUUGGAAGUUUGAACAUAUCAAAUUCCAAUGAAGAGAACGCAGAAACGGAGGCACCUAUUCAAAGGACUGAAGAACGAUCACCUGUCGCACAACAGUCACAGGUUCAGCCACAAUCUGUUUCUUCACUAUCCCAAACGGGUUCCGUAAAUCGGUCAAUUCCAACCACAUCAGUACAAAAUGCUUUGCCGUCGUCCGCUGGCAACGUUCCGUCUGCUACACCUUCGAAUGCUGCUGCUCCGACACCUACCCCCCAAAAUUUCAAUCCAUCGUACUUUAAACAGGAGCAAACAUCUGCCUAUUUAAGUCAACAGCAUCAUUUAGGGUUAGCUACGGAACCAUUAAAUGCUCCUUACGGUUCUUAUCUGCCGAGUCAGCAACUGUCAGGGUUUAGUAUGGGUCCAAUUCAAUCGUUACCAGAAUAUGGUGCUCUGUAUCCUGAUGCUCAGCGCAUGAUGGGUUACUAUGCUGCUGACCCUGCGUAUAACCAAGCAUCCCCUGUUACUUCUGCUGGAUAUCAAGGACGAGGAGAUAAUAAGUAUACUCCUGAUACAACUACGAGUUCAUCUAAUCAAACAACAACAUAUCCGCUUAGUGUACAGUAUUAUCCAUACUAUUAUAUGGCGAACCAAUUUCCUUCUGCAUAUCAGCAAUCCGGGUAUGGUCAACCCUUUGUAAAUAAAUCCAUGUAUCCCAUGUAUAAUCAUCCACAUUCGACCAAACCUGGAUCCGCUUCAGGUGCAUCACCUUAUGGUUAUCCUACAACACCUACUACGCCUAAUACUCCACAUCACUAUUCGCACACUUCAAAUACUGGCUACGACGAGAUUACUGCAGCGCAAAUACAUCAUCUACCUGGUGUUCAUGGCGUUCAUGAUUAUCCAAAAGCCUAUGGCGGGAUUCCACCUCUUAAUUUUUUGGGAAACGCGGCAGGUAAUAAUCCACAACCCACUUCAGGAUCUGCGGGAUCAAACUCUACUAGCGGGAAAACUAGCAACAAUGGUAGUUCUGAAUUGAAUAGUCCAGCACAGUAUAAGGGAUAUGCCGACAAAGCUUCAGCCGGUUCACAACAAGCUGGAGUUGGGCAAUCUGGAGCUCAACAACAGCAGCAGCCUAAUCCUAAUUACUAUGGGCAGCAAGCUCAACAAAUGUUUAAUAAUUACCAAUAUCAGCAGACGCAUCACCAGUAUCACCCACAUCAAGCACAUCAUCAAGCAGCUGGACGUAACCAGCAACAAUAUUGGAAUCAGAGCUAA